UCCAGUUCCUGUCCUUUUCUCACUUGCUGGCUGCCAGGCUGCAGUGAUGUGCUUACAAUGUGAGUACAUUGUCUAUCUGUUAAUGACUCUAGUCUCAUCCUUCUCUCAGGUUCCUGGGUAGGGAAUCUAACAAUAACAGCACUCAGGACCCUUAAGUCCAUAUAUAUAUGGGGACCAGCAUCAGGCCCUAAAGCCCCCAACUCAUUCUCUAUGGUGGCACUGGAGAAUUUUAAGGGCCAUGAUUGACUGGCACAAUGACACGGUGCCGAGUCACCAGGAAGAGGAGCCAAGCACUGAUGAGUACCGUAAAUCAGAUUGUGUUCUUGGCUACAUCCCAGUUAUCUACUACAGCAUCUUGCUGUGUGUGGGAUUUCCAGUUAACAUCUUAACGCUGGUGGCUCUGUCUCGUUUGACUGCACGCACCCAGAAGGCCCUGUAUGUGUACCUGAUGGCACUGACCAGCUCAGACCUGCUCAGCCAGCUCUUCAUCAUUUUUGUGGGAUUCCUGCUGGAGACAGCUGUGUUCCACCGUGAGGUACCAACCAUUCUACUUCGAUCUGUCAGUGUGCUGGAAUUUGCUGCCAACCAUGCAUCUAUCUGGGCGACUGUGCCACUCACUAUUGAUCGCUACGUUGCACUGUGCCAUCCAUUACUCCAUCGGCAGAUCAGCUACCCAGCACGGGCACGGCGCAUCGUUGGUGUGGUCCAGGCAUUGGCGCUGGCGUCUGGUGUCCCUUUCUUUUGGUGGUCAGACAUGUGGAGGGUAGGCCGGCCACCUGGUAGAGUUGAUUCUGUCCUCAUCUGGACUCAUGUGACUAUCAUCUAUUUCUUGCCAUGCAGUAUUUUCCUGGUGCUCAACUCACUCAUAGUUCUGUGUCUCCGAAGACGUCAGCACAGAUGUCAGGAUGAAUGCAGGCAGCAGCAUCUAGCACCAGCAGGCAGGCUGGGUAAAACCACAGCAAUGCUUUUAGCAAUCACAUCUGUGUUUGCAGUUUUGUGGGCACCACGUACAGCUGUGGUACUUUACCACCUUUAUGUUUCAUCAGUGCACAGAAACUGGCGGGUACACUUGGCAUAUGACUUAGCCAAUAUGCUAGCCAUGCUUAACACAGCAGUGAACUUUUUUCUCUACUGCUUCGUCAGUAAACGCUUCAGAGGAGUUGUAAAGGAUGUUUUGCUUUUGAGAGGGGCACAACUUCAUCCUCAAAGGCCCUGCCAUCAAAGACAGGCUUCUGCUAAUGCCUCGAACUCAUCUCUGUCUAGUGGUGCCAUGCGCUCUCAUAGACAUGCCAAUAUUGUUUAGGAAUGUCUUCUUACACACUCAUAUCACCUUUUAGACAAAAUACAUUUACUCUGAAGUAAAAAAAAAAAAAUCACAAAUAUUUGAAUAUGCAAAUUUUGCCAAACAUGAUUAACCUGUUAGCAGUCACCACCGCUUUUGGGACUCACAGCUGAAAAUGACCUUCAUAAAUUUAAAUGUAAACAGUUCCUGUGAAAAGUGGGCUACAUACACAAUUUAAAUAUAUUUGGAAAGAAAACAAACUGGGCUUUACUGUCAAAUAUUGCUCAAAAAGAUAAUGUUAUAGAUGAUGGAGUACCUUGAAUAUAAAUAACCUGCAUUGAACAUGUUUUAAUUUCAUAUAGAAAUACAUGAAAUCAGUCCUGGGUUAAAAAAAAUGUUACUGAAACAUUUUGUCAUUUACUAAAAUUAUAUCAAUACUGGUACUAAUGGAUAUAAAAUGUCAACAAUAAGUAAAUAUAUUCUGUCUCACAAUUGUUUUUGUUUUUUUGGUUUUUUUUGUUUUAUAC